AAAAAUUGUCCGUUUUGUGGGAAAAUUUCCCGCCUUGAAAGGCUUCGUUUUCUAUGAACUACUUGAAAGCAUUUCUUGUUAUACAAAACUCUAAAAACUGUGUCAAAGAAUGGAGAAACAAGUUGAAGGUAAAAGAUUGUCGUCUCUAUGCAGACUCACCCGACGGAGAAAAAAUACAGUUAGCCUUUGACAACGUGUACACACAGCCUGAGGAAUUCUAUAAAGCUCAAGAAUUUGUAUAUUUCACAGUCAUCAACCAGCUAGAAGACGGUAAUAUUGUGGUUUGGUCACAUAUUAAGAAUAACUCGCAAGGCAAUGUCUUUGAAUCGUGUAACAACUUCCUUCAAUUCUUUCUAUCACAGGAAGUUGGCAACUCACUGGAGAGAUUGCGUGUUUAUGGACUAAAUGCAGAUGAGGAAUAUGAGGAGAUACAAGAUUGUGAUGCACAUGCACUUGAAGAGUUGAAGGAAAGAGGAAAUAUUUUCUUGAGGAAAAUUGAUGACUCUCAAUCCCACAAUGUUUCCACCGAGCCUUCGUUUUUCAGCAUCUUCGAGAGUCUUCUCGUCACUAUCCAUUUUAGUAACAAAUUGGUUUCAUACGUCCUAUUUACGGAACAAAUAGUGGAGAAGAACUUGCUUUUAUACGUUGGUUCUCGUCUACAAAUGGAAGUUCACAAUUUGGCUGAGAGACAGGUUUUCAAAUUUAUAGUUUUGGAAUUGGAUGGAAUGGGUACAGAAACGUUCAGUGUAUUGAAGGAUUUUCAGAAAACGCUAAGAAUUUUACAAGAAACUAACCAUUUCAUUUCGUCCAAUUCACCAACUGACCCAAAAAUGAAUACUUUAGAAGAGCUUGUUUCUUGUGGAGACUCAACAGAAAAAGAAAAUUUUUGCAGUCAAAAUGUGCGUGAGGAAGCACAGGAGGAAGUUUUCGAUGUUGCAACCUAUUCUGAGUCGGAUCGUGAGUCGGAAUGUGAUUUGCCUCUUUCACAAAUAGAAAAACAUCAAAUAUUCAAGAAAAUGGAAAAUGUGUGGAAUUCAAAGAGACAGAACACCACAGAUGAAUCCAAUCCUUUGGAUACUGAUCAACAGCUUCAAACAAUUGCAGAGAACUCAAAGAGUCCUAUCACUAUGAAGAGUUCUGCCCAAGUACUACCAGUUCAAGAAAGACAAGAAAUUUCACAAACAUCUCCAGGUAACGAGCUGUUGGAUGAAAGGAGAUACAAUGAAGACGAUAUUCGAGAGCGUAUCUCAGAACUUGAGAGUCUGAUGAAUCAACAGCUUCGGCUUCGUGGUAAUAUGAUGCGAGAAGUGAGUAAUAAAGCUAGUCAAUCCAGUGUAAAUGCAAGAAUGCAAGUCGCAUACAUUGGAGACGAUGCAUUAUCGGAUAUUCGUAAAGAAAUUCGUUGUUUAAGAGAAAGACUCUCCAGUAUGACAACCAACGAAUCCAUUUCAUCAUCUUUAGAUACGUCCAAGGAGACUUCUUCUUCUCAUCCUAGUAUUUCUAGUCUAAGAGUUUCUCAGGAGUCGAGUGAAUGCCUUGAAAGAGCCUCCUCGUAGACAUAGACGUCACCGUCUUCACACGAAUGAUACUGAACGUUCAACAACUUCUGAACAACAAAGUUCCACAAGUUGUGAAAAUCAGUGGGUCAAUGCGACAGAAUUUUUUGCCG